ACAAGCGGCGAGCGCGCAUUGCAGCGGAGACAAGAAUUUUGUUUGGUUGUGUCUUAACCAAAACAUUAAGUGAGCUCAAUAUGAAGCGCGGCAAGGAUGAAGACAAGGAUGAUGUUGCAGUCAACAACAACAACAACAAUAGUACAAAUAAAAUAAACAACGCAUCGCCAAACGUAAACAUAGGCAGCAACAGCACUGAUGCUAACAGCAGCAGCAACAACAACACGCCCUGCACAGUACGCACCACAGGUCGUGUCAAGAAACCGAAACUAGUUUAUGAUCCGUCUGAUAAUUACAUAUCGCGCGGGUCGCGCAACUCGUUGCCAGCAGCGGCGUCGUCGCAAUCGCAGCCAGCGCAGUCUACAUCAGUCAGCGCAAAUGCGUUGCAACAGCAGCAAACAUUGUCGCAACAGUUGGCAUCGUCGCAGUCCUUGACAUCGCAGUCGAACACAGCGAACCAGCAGGCAGCGCUUGCCAGCGAUUUGGCAUCCCAAUCAGCUGCAAACUCCAGCGGUAAAGAUGAUUCCAAGGAGACGGUCGCAGUGCCCAGCGCGGAACAGCAGCGCAACUUUGAUACGUGCAUGAAGUGCGGCAAGAGCGAGGCAAAGCGUGGCUCUGGCUAUAAAAGUAACUUUCUCACCUGCAAGUCCUGCACCUUGAAAUGGCAUUUUCUCUGCUUGCCAAUCACAUUUGAAAUUCUAACAAAUGCACGCAAGAAAUUUAAAUGUGAGAAAUGUCGUCGCUGUCUCAUUUGCAUGACCAGUAAGAACGGUGACAAACUCAAGGAGCUGGUGAUGUGCUGUGCCUGCGCCAACGUUUAUCAUUUGGACUGCCAUUGGCCUCCGAUUAUGCGCGACAAGUUAAGCGAUCCGAAGUGGAAGUGCUAUUCCUGUUGUCCCAACUACAAUCCGUAUAAUACUGAGGAUGAUGGUGCUGCACCUGGUGCUUCUUCCAAAAUUGAUCCAAAAUCUCCGCCGCGCAAAUCGAAGGCUGGUCGCAAGAAGCGGGCCACUUCAGACCCAGCUGCUGCCAUUGUCAAGAAGACAGCAUCGAAUCACGUUCUAAAUAAGAACGGAAUUAUCGAGAAUUCGAACAACAACAACAACAACAACAAUGCCAACAAGCCAUCGACCAUAGUAUCCAAGACCUGCGACAGCGCUACUGUCAUCCCAGCGUUCUCAAAGCAAGAAAGUGAGAAAGUUAAAGGCAGUUGUGAACUGGCACCGUCGUCGAAUUGCCCGCCAAACACUUCGAUUCCUAUUCUAACAUUGCCGAUCUCAAAAGAAGACAAGGAGAAUGGAGAGAAUAAAAAAAUAGUUCCAGCUUUGACGACAGGCAACGAGGAGAGCGAAGUGUUGCCCGUGCAGACCUGGAAUGUUGAGCAGGUUGUUGGCUAUGUUGAGAAGUUCUAUCCGCGCGAGGCUAGCGUCUUCAAGUCCCAGGAAAUUGAUGGCGCCGCAUUGAUGGUGCUAACGCGCCAAGACGUCAUCGAUCGCUUCGGCCUGAAGCUCGGGCCAGCGCUGCGCAUUUACGAGCUGGUCCUUGGCCUCCAAACAUCUGUGGACGACGUAACCCUUGCCUGGUGUGAAUAGCUAUCUGCUGUCUUCUCUUCUUCUUCUUCAUCUUAUUACUCGAUAUUCAUAGUUUCUUUAUUUUCAUGUUUUGUUAAGUUUUAAGUCACUGCACGCUCCGUAGAAGGAAUAUUCUAUUUAAGUUCACUAGCUUAGGAUCAAACGAAGCCCUACGAAGACCAUUUGAUUUCCUCAUUACAUGUUACACAUUCAUAUGUAUAUUUUACUCCAGAAAAUAAAACAAAAUCCUAUUUAUGUAUAUGUAUAUCCUUAGUCGAGGCAUGUCGUAGCUUUGCCGAAAAACCUUUUUAGUUCUAUGCAGCAAUCGUAUAUACGCAAGUGAUUUAUAUAGAUAUCUAUUC